UGUCAAGUUCAACAACAAAACAAUAAAAUUGUAACGUUUGGUUUGGGCUUAGACGAUUUUCAAUUUGUAAUUGUGUUUUCGUGGUUUAUUUAAUUUCGUAAUAGUUUUAACACAAUCAAAUAACUAUUUAACGAUAAUGUCUAUUUCCACCGUUUUGCGUGUAAAACGGCGACUCGAAGAUAAUCCUCAAGAUGCGUUAGUGCUUUUGUGUAAAAGAAAAAAAACAAACAUCGAAGAAAUAUCUCCUUCGCUAUUUGUUUUCAGAGGUAGUGUGGAAAAUCAGGAACCAACACACGUAAAGAAUAUUGUCCCAAAUAACAUAACAUUCAAAACAUCUAGUAAUGUUAGUGAUAUAAUUAAGAAAAUACGUAAAGAAAGAAAAGAUGUAGCUGCUGAGAAUCGGUAUGAAAUUGUCAAUUGCAGCAGAGGAUUAAAAGACGAGACUGUCGAAGAUAACUUCGAUUUAGUUGAUUUACAAAAAAAGGAUGUACAGGAAAAUGAGAAAUACAUGUACGAUCUUUACACGGCUGCUAAAGAAGAUUUUGAUAUUUCUAUGUUAGAUAAUCUAGUAAGUAUUGAAGAUUAUGAGACAAAUUUGAUAUUUGGGUCAUAUAGAGACAAUGGCUUAGCAGAAUCAGAUGAGGAUGAUAGUGAGGAUUCAAAUGCUGAAAAUGACUGGCGCAAUGAUUAUCCAGAUUCGGAACCUAGUAGCAUUGAUGAAGAGGAUAUGAUUCAAGCUGUGCAAAAUUGUAACUUAGAAGAUGAACUCUCAAGCGACACAGGCGAGGACAAGAUAUAUGACGAGCCACCGGACUUAUUUAAUGAAGAUGUUAAACGUUAUGGUGCUGCUUAUGCCAAAUAUAAAGCUAAAGUUCUAGCAGAAAAGUCUGAUCUUUCUGACAGUAGGAAUUUCGUACACAGCACUCUCACGGAGGAAACACCAGGAUAUAAAGAUGACAGCGAUGAAGGAUUCUAUUAUGGUCAAGAAGAAGAUUCCGAGCAGUUCAGGGAACAAUAUGCAGAUGAUUCAUCAGACCCAGACUAACAAUGAAUUGAAUCUUAUUACUAAAUUAAAAAUAACUUUAUAAAUACUGAUUUAUAAG